AUGGAGAAGCCCUCGACAGAGCGCCGUGCUAAAAGGCAUCAAUGCGACCGGUGUGCCUACAGCACGGAUCGCCCUGGACACUUCAAGCUGCAUGAGAGAACACACACGGACGAAAAGCCAUUCAAGUGCACCACGUGUGGGAAGGCUUUUGUAUGUUCAUCAAAUUGUCGAGUUCACGAGAGAACACACACGGGUGAGAAGCCCUACAAGUGCACCGUCUGUGGGAAGGCAUUUGCCUACUCAAACUAUCUUCGGAUUCAUCAGAGAGCGCACACAGGUGAGAAGGCAUUCAAGUGCACCGUGUGUGGGAAGGCAUUUGUCUAUUCAAACUAUCUUCGAGUUCACGAGAGAACGCACACAGGUGAGAAGCCCUACAAGUGCACCGUCUGUGGGAAGGCAUUUAUCUACUCAAACUAUCUUCGGAUUCAUCGGAGAACACACACAGGUGAGAAGUCAUUCAAGUGCACUAUGUGUGGGAAGGCAUUUGUACAAUCAAGUUCUCUUCGAGUUCACGAGAGAACGCACACGGGUGAGAAGCCCUACAAGUGCACCGUGUGUGGGAAAGGGUUUGCUGCGUCAGGAAAACGAAAGAAGCAUGAGAAGAUCCAUGAGAGGGUGAAAUCUACUUGCGAUGGUCAAAGUGCUGCUCCCAUGAGUCCAUCUUUCAUAAAACAAGAAUCGGAAGAAAAUGACAACUUCGCUACGUGGCCAGGAGUGAUGGUGAAGUGUGAAGAAGAGACAACGGUGAAGCGUGAAGGUCAGGGUUCGACUCCAGGUGGCGACCUCCUGGUGGAUGGAGUCGGCGUGAAGCAGGAGGAUGAGAAUCGAGAUUGUCGCUGGUGA